AUGUGGAGAUUUCGCACUGUGAACACGGAAUACACUUGGAAAAGAGAGAUUAAUGCUAAAGGGGUGAUUCUGAAGGCCUUUGAACAGUAUCGGCUGAAAUCGUGCAUUGACUACAAACCGUGGAAUGGAGAAGAGAACUAUAUCUCUGUAUUUAAAGGCAAUGGAUGUUUUUCAUCAGUGGGGAACCAGCACGUUGGCAAACAGAGGCUGUCCAUUGGCAGUGGAUGUGAUCGUAUUGCAACCAUCGAACAUGAGUUUCUCCAUGCCUUAGGCUUCUGGCAUGAGCAGUCGCGCUGUGACCGCGAUGACUACGUCUCCAUCAUCUGGGAUCACAUUUCUGAAGGCAAAGAGCAUAACUUCAACAAAUACAACGACACCAGAUCCAGCGCUCUGAAUGUACCCUAUGACUACGGUUCCAUGAUGCAUUACAGCAAGAAUGCUUUCAGGAAUGGGACAGGGCCCACCAUAGUCACCAAGAUCCCUGCCUUCAGUGAUGUCAUAGGCCAGCGCAUGGAGUUCAGCGACAGCGACUUGCUCAAGCUAAACAGACUCUACAACUGCACUAGCUCUUCCACCUUCCUGGAUUUCUGUGACUUUGAGUCUGAGAAUAUCUGUGGAAUGAUCCAAAGCCACGAAAAUACUAAUAAAACCAACUGGCAGCGAGUUUCCAAAGCGACAGGUGGACCAGACACUGACUACACUUACAUGGGACACUGUGAUGAAAGGGGUUAUUUCAUGCACUUCAGCACAGCAGACGGGGUGCAGGGGGACACGGCAUUGAUGGAGAGCAGGCUUCUGUAUCCCAAGCAAGGAUUCCAGUGUCUGCAGUUCUUCUCCUACAACAGCGGUCAUGCAAGCGACCAACUACGAAUCUGGGUGCGAGAGUUCAACAAGGCCAACCCUAAUGGAACCCUACGUCUUAUUCAACAGAUUAAUGCUCCUCCUGGUGACCUUUGGCAGCUCCAUCACGUGAGCCUGAAUGUCUCCAGUAAGUUUCGUGUGGCGUUUGAAGGAAUCAAAGGGUCUGGAAACAGUGGUGGGCUCUCACUGGAUGACAUUAACCUAUCAGAGACCACUUGCCCAGAACAUAUAUGGAGGAUCAAAGACUUUAAAAGUGUUCUUGAGAAUACACCAAUGGACACUGCCAUUCACAGCCCACGAUUUAAAUCUAAAGAUGGCUACACCUUCCAAAUGAGCCUGUAUCCCAGCGGUACCACUGGGAACCCAGGUGAACUGGGAGCUUACGCGCACUUAACGUCAGGGGACGACUCUGUCGAUGAAGGUCUGAUCUGGCCUGCUCGCUGGAAACAGAUAACCAUGAUACUGCUGGACCAGAAUGCAGAUAUUCGUAGACGCAUGUCCAACCAGAGGAGCGUAACAACAGACCCCACGAUGACUGUGGAGGGUUCUGAAAUAUUUUUCUGGGAUGAUCCACGUAAAGUUGGGCUAAAAGUUACAGAAGACAAUGGGACUGAGUUCUUCCGCGGCCCAGGCGCUGGAACACCUGUUUACCUGUCACAGGCUAGAGCCCUGAGCAGAGACUUCAUCAAGGGUGGAGAUGCCAUCUUUCUCCUCACGAUGGAGGAUAUCUCUCACCUGGUUGUUUCACAGCCUUUGCCUCCUACAACUACGACUCCAUCCAACUCAACUUCCACAACAAACUCUACCAGUUCACCCGGUCAAACUACCAUAAACAAUGGCACCUCAACCACUACAACUACUGCACCUACAAUUUCCACAGUCCCUUAUGACCCGUGUGUGUCGGCACAAUGUGAAAAUGACGGUGUGUGUGUGCCAGAUGCAGGAGAUGCAGUGUGCAGGUGUGCAGUGGGAAAUGACUGGUGGUACUAUGGCGACAGAUGUCAGUUUAAGAGCUCAGUCAAAGACAACAUCAUCACAACUGUACUGGCAUCUGUUGCUGUGUUUGUUGCCAUGCUGAUCGUGACUAUAGUCAUUGUGGUCUGUGUGAAGAGGAACCAGAGAAGGGUGAAGAUUACUGGAGAGGGAAUCACCAUGAAGAACAUGUACUCGUUCAAAGCAUAAAGUUUUGAACCUGCCUCUAAUGUGAAGGGUGAAGAUUGUUGACAUUUGAAUGCCUCAUUAACUAAGCAAAUGCUUUUGUAAUUGGUUCUUUGAUUUAAUUUAUAGGAAAACGAGUGGUAUGCACAGUGACAACGAAAAGUAUUUGGACACUUAAGCCAAACUUAAAACUAAAUGUAAUUCAUUUGGAGCUGUACUGACAUUUUUAAAUGCCCAAAUGCUUUCAGAGCCACUGUAUGUUUUCAAUAAGCAUUAUUCAAGAAGUGAGGUAUAGUCUAUUCACAAAUGUUUUUUGAGAUUGUAUGUAGAAUUCGGAUUGUUUUUUUUUUUUAAAUUUGGCUCUGUAGAAACAAUUUUUAUUUAACUUUAACACUCUGCAUGAUGGAAUAAAAAUUAGAUUUCUGUGCAAUGGUAAAAUCCAUUUUCUCCAAGCAUUACCACUGUAACCAUCCUGGCGUCAGUAGCGUAGGGCAUAUGUAAACAUACAGCGUAUCUGCCUAUGGUCACUCAAUAACAUUUAACUGUACUUACAAUAAGUUUCUAGUGUUAACCGGGAAAUGAAAGACAGUAUAGGAUGAGUUAGGUCACUGGUAUACAUAUGAAUGGGAGAAAUGAAUACGGCGGUUAUCAGAAUGGAAGUCCCGCCUUACAGUUAAAAGAGCCAAUAACCUUUUUGAUAGAGACAUCACCUGUUAGUUUACUCAAGAACGCACAUUAGCUGGAGCAGCCUAAAAAAAGAGAAUUUUUUUUUAACUUAAGAGCUAGUACAGUUUUGAUAGUACAGUGUCCAGUGGACACAAGACGUAGUAGGUAUUUCUCGCCUACUGUUUUAUGAAUACUAAGGAUUAGUUAGCGAGUGAGAGGAGGAGGGAAAAGCACUACUACUACUACUACUACUACUAUAAUCAGCUCUGAUUCCAAUCAGGGUUUAGAAAAUCACACCAAACACAACUGAAAAUUCUGAUAUCAAAUUGAACAUAUGCAUUACUACAGCGUUAAAAAUAAACGUCGUAUUUAAUUAAUCCCAAGAUUUUUUUAUAAGACCCCAUAAAGGCCUUUGCACACCAAACGUGAAUGUUCGAUUUGAUUUCUCGCUGCGAUCAACAUUUUGAAUCGAAACAAUAGAUGCCUAAUGAGCCAUUCUCACCUGGAGCGAACAUUCGCUGCGAAGCACGUGCCAACAAAGGCUGUGUCUUGUUUCGUUUGGAAGGAUUCGUCCUCCGGAGGUCGCAUUUGUUGGCUGCAUACGUCAUUGAGGCUGUCUCAUUUCAGAAAAGCGAGUAGGACACUUCAAAUGCGACCUUCUUUCAUGGGAAUUUGGAGGAUGCAUGAGGUGUAUCCUUCGUGGGCUCUCACAACCCACAAUUCUUUGCUUCAACGGAAAUGUCUAAAAAGAAAUUACGCCAAUUUGCCCGUAAAUAUGAUGUUCAAACGCAAGUAAUGUUAAUUCCCAAGUUGAAGUACCUCAGUAGAUGGGUGCUGAGUAUAUAAUAUGUAUAAUUAUAUCAAUAUAUAAUUAAAAUAAAGUAUUAGACUAAAAGUGCACAUAUAAAAUCUAUUUUCUUUUCUCUUUACAUCAUUAUAACUCUCCUAAAAUGUACCUCAUACAUUCCCUUCUAAAGGGACUUUGUUCCUUUCUCACUCAAAGUGCUCGCGCUUGUUAAAGAGUGGCGUGCUGUCAUAGCAACCAUGUUACAUUCCGUUUCCGUUCGUCCUAUGAAGGCCAUCUCGUUUAAACGAGACUUAUUUAAAGGAGGACACACGGUAUACUGCAGCCUUCAAAGGACAUGUCCUACCUAAGCAUGCAGCCUUUCAAACGAGACACAGCCAAAGUGAACCUUUUUUUUUCCACAGUGAGUGUGUCGAUUUUUUUUUCUUUGUCUGAUGAAGAAAUGCCCUGACCAAUAAUAUAUAAGCUUUAGAUCACAUGUCAAAUUUGUUUUAACAGUCAUUAUGAGUGUGCAUUACACAGUGAUUUUAUUCCUGUAGCACUUGCCAUAGAUGUGGCCGUCUUGUCGGGCACUUGCAUCUUACAGUCUAUCUGAUCCCACAAAAGCUCAAUGGGGUUAAGAUCCAUAACACUCUUUUCCAAUUAUCUGUUGUCCAAUGUCUGUGUUUCUUUGCCCACUCUAACCUUUUCUUUUUGUUUUUUCUGUUUCAAAAGUGGCUUUUUCUUUGUAAUUCUUCCCAUAAGGCCUGCACCCCUGAGUCUUCUCUUUACUGUUGUACAUGAAACUGGUGUUGAGCGGGUAGAAUUCAAUGAAGCUGUCAGCUGAGGACAUGUGAGGUGUCUAUUUCUCAAACUAGAGACUCUGAUGUACUUAUCCUCUUGUUUAGUUGUACAUCUGGCCUUCCACAUCUCUUUCUGUCCUUGUUUGAGCCAGUUGUCCUUUGUCUUUGAAGACUGUAGUGUACACCUUUGUAUGAAAUCUUCAGUUUUUUUGGCAAUUUCAAGCAUUAUAUAGCCUUCAUUCCUCAAAACAAUGAAUGACUUUUUUCAAAUAUUGAUGGUGCUGUUUUUUACAUCAGUAAUGUCCUGACUAUACUUUGUGAUCAGUUGAAUGCCACUUUGGUGAAUUAAAGUACCAAUUUCCUU